UCUGUAUACGCACCAACACACACGCCGCUUAACCUCAUUCCCCUCCUCAAUUUCAAGCAAUUACAACCACUUCACACCUUUAUUUAUUCAUUCAUACUUUUGUAUUUUUCUUCUUUAAUAUUCUUCAGUUUUUUUUUUUUUUUCUACUUUUGCAUUGCUAAAUUGUUGUUGAAUUGUUUAUACCAAUUCCGCGUUGAUUUGUUACUUGUCCUAUUACAUGAACAUUUUUGUAUAUUUCUUUUAUAAUUUAAAAGAAUAUAUUUUAUCCAAUUUCUUGUGUACUCAAUUAGGGUUUUUGCUUCCUGAAUUUGAACUGUUGAACUGCCUCUGUGUUUAUGAUGAAAAGAUUAUUGCAAAUGAAGUGUUUUGCUUGCAUUAAAUGUUGCUCUAAAGAUGUUAAAAGUGUUGAUGCUGAUUUGGCUGGAUUUGCAGAUGUGAAAGUGAAUGAUAAUAUGAAUAAGGGGAAAAGUUUUAGUAGUCAAAGGGCAAAUGUGGCUCACAGUUUCACAUUUCGCGAGCUCGCGGUUGCAACGCAGAAUUUUAAAGAUGUGAAUUUGAUUGGUGAAGGUGGAUUUGGUAGUGUGUACAAGGGUCGGUUAGAAUCGGGGAAAGUGGUUGCUGUAAAGCAGUUGAAUUUAAAUGGGCUUCAGGGGAACCAGGAGUUUAUUGUUGAGGUUCUUAUGUUGAGUCUUUUGCGACAUUCGAAUCUUGUGACUUUGAUCGGUUACUGCACGGAUGGUGAUCAGAGAUUAUUGGUUUAUGAGUACAUGCCAUUGGGUAGUCUGGAAAAUCAUCUUUUUGAUUUGGAGCCUGACCAGGAGCCACUUGAUUGGCACACUCGAUUAAAGAUAGCUGUUGGUGCAGCGCGUGGGCUCGAGUAUCUUCACUGCAUAGCAAAUCCACCUGUAAUUUAUCGCGAUUUAAAAUCUUCAAACAUAUUGUUGGAUAAUGACUUUAAGCCAAAGCUUUCGGAUUUUGGACUGGCUAAAUUGGGCCCUGUUGGUGAUAACACUCAUGUGUCAACUCGAGUUAUGGGUACUUAUGGUUAUUGUGCUCCUGAUUAUGCUAUGAGUGGUAAAUUAACUACCAAGUCCGAUAUUUAUAGCUUUGGUGUCGUUUUGUUGGAGCUGAUUACCGGGCGUCGGGCCAUUGACACGACCAAGAAACCUGGAGAGCAGAAUUUAGUUGCUUGGUCACGUCCCUUUUUAAAAGACCGUAAGAAGUUUAUUAAGCUGGUGGAUCCCAUGCUGCAAGGUCGAUUCUCUAUGCGUUCGGUGCACCAUGUGGUUGCAGUAACCGCAAUGUGUCUUCAGGAGCAAGCAAAUGUGCGGCCCUUGAUUGGCGACAUUGUUGUUGCACUUGAGUAUUUAGCCUCUCAAGCUGAAACGUUCGAAAAUCAUAAGAGUUUGACUACUGUUGACUCACAACCGUCACCCUCAAAACAAGAUGAAGACCAUACUCGUGACCUAUCUACAUAACGGUUUUCCUGUUGCUGAUGUGCUUACAUCAGAAAAUGCCAAAGUUGUUUCGCCAAAAAGAUUUACUACAAACUUAAGGAAUGAUACCUCGCUUGUCGUUACAAUGCGUUAUGGAUAUAUAUUCUAUGUUCUGUUUGCCGCCACGGUGUAUAAUUCGUAAGUGUUGAUUUCAGGAUAUUGUUUUUUGAAUGAUGAUGGUUUCAUCUUGUAUGUAGAUAAAUAUAUAAUGUUUGGUUUCUUUGUCAAGUAACAUUUUUAUUAUAUGAGUUUUAAUUUAUAUGA